AUGUGAGAAGUGAAUCUGAGAAGAGAAGGGCAGACACUUAAAGAGAGAGAAGAGUUUACCACAGAGCAUGGCCUCUGCGAAAGAAGAUGGUGUGGAUGAAAGAACGGUGGACAUUAAAGAAGAGGACUGUGAGCGGCUCACACCAGAGGAUGUGUGUGUGAAGCUGGAGGAUCACGAAGAAAUAAUUUCAGUUUUUAAAGAGGAGGAGGAGUGCAAGGGGGUGACUGCUGCCAUUAAAGCUGAGGAUUUCAAUGAUUUCUCAGGUGGUCUUGAACGUCAAAAGCAUGAAACUGAGGAUAUUUUCAAGCAAGAUGCCAGUGAAGAAUAUCCAUCCAGUUUACAGCCCUGGUCCACUAAUACGGGACGACUGGCUACGCCGGAGAAUUCUGCAGAGCUGAAAUCAGAGUUAUCCGAGUCUGAAGAGAAAAUCACUGAGGGAAAUGGGAGAGAAGGAGAAGAGUCACCUGGAAGUGUUGGAAUAAAUUUACAGAAGAAUGGCAGCUUCUCUCCACCUUUAUUUGGUCAUCACUCUCCUCAAUACAAACAGAAAGGUAUGAAGAAAUCAGCAGGAGGAUCACAGAACCUGACAGCAGCCUUUUUGCAGUGCAGUUCUCACCCUGCCACUGGAGUAACACAGACAGAAGACAUCAAAACUGAUCAACAGCAAAAGGAGAAAGAAAUCCAAAUUCACACUGGAAGAAAAUGUUUGGAAUGCGGCAAGCAAUUCACACACAGAAGUGGUCUUAAUAAGCAUAUGAAAAUUCACACUGGAGAAAAAACAUAUUGUAAUGAAUGUGGUAAGACAUUCUUACGGAGAAGUAGUCUUCAAAGACACAGAAAAAUCCACACAGGAGAAAAACCUCAUUGUUGUCCAGAAUGUGGUCAUUCAUUCUCACAAAUAAGCAAUCUUCAGACGCACAGAAGAAUCCACACUGGUAAAAAACCUCAUUGCUGUCCAGAAUGUGGUAAGUCGUUCUCAAGUAGAAGCCAUCUUCAGAGGCACAAUCGAAUCCACACAGGAGAAAAACCUCAUUGCUGUCCAGAAUGUGGUAAGUCAUUCUCAAUGUUAAGCAACCUUCAGAUACACAGAAGAAUCCACAAUGGUGAAAAACCUCAUUACUGUUCAGAAUGUGGUAAGUCGUUCUCACAUCUAAGCAAUCUUCAGAUGCAUAGAAGAAUCCACACAGGAGAAAAACCUCAUUGCUGUCCCGAAUGUGGUAAGUCAUUCUCAAUUUUAAGCAGUCUUCAGAUACACAGAAGAAUCCACACAAGUGAAAAACCUCAUUCCUGUUCAGAAUGUGGUAAGUCAUUCUCACAAACAAGCAAUCUUCAGAGGCACAGAAGAAUCCACACAGGAGAAAAACCUCAUUGCUGUUCAGAGUGUGGUAAGUCGUUCUCCAGUAGAAACCAUCUUCAGAGGCACAGAAGACGUCACACAGGAGAAAAACCUUAUUGUUGUCCAGACUGUGGCAAACAAUAUUCUGACAAACUCACUUUUCAAAUGCACAUAGAAAUUGAUUCUGGAGAGAAGCCAUAUUGCUGUUCUAAAUGUGGAAAAAAGUUUUUCAACAGUAGGUGUUUUCGAGUACACACACAAACUCAUACUGAAGACAAAAUGCAGUAUGUCUGUCCUGAAUGUGGCAAAUGUUAUACAAGCAAGAAAAGUCUUCGUAGACACACCAAAAUCCACACUGGAGAAUAAUAUUAUUGCUGUUCUGAAUGUGGGAAAAGAUUCUUAGAUUUAAGCGCAUUUAAGUGCCACAUCAGAACUCAUACUUGAGAAAAACCUUAUUGCUGUCCUGCAUGUGAUAAGAAGUUCUCACAACAAAGCACCCUAAAGAGUCAGAUCAGACUUCACACCGGAGA